UGCAACAGACUUUUGAUAAGCUAUUUCCCACACUCUUCAUAUUUUCAUGGCGACUCAAGAUUCUCAAGGGAUUAAACUCUUUGGCAAAACCAUUGCAUUUAACUCUCACACAAUAAAAAAUGAAGAAGAGAAACAACCGCCGGAGCAAGAGGCUACAACAACCGUUAGAUCAUCAUCAUCAUCAGAUCUGACGGCCGAGAAGCGUCCAGACAAGAUCAUAGCAUGUCCAAGAUGCAAGAGCAUGGAGACAAAGUUCUGUUACUUCAACAACUAUAACGUUAAUCAGCCUAGACACUUUUGUAAAGGCUGCCACCGUUACUGGACCGCCGGUGGUGCACUUCGGAACGUUCCCGUCGGCGCCGGACGUCGGAAGUCCAAACCACCAGGCCGUGUCGUGGUUGGUAUGCUUGGAGAUGGAAAUGGGGUUCAUCAAGUCGAGCUUAUAAAUGGCUUGCUCGUUGAGGAGUGGCAGCAUGCCGCAGCCGCAGCAGCUCACGGUGGUUUCCGGCAUGAUUUUCCUAUGAAGCGGCUCCGGUGUUACUCCGACGGUCAAUCUUGCUGAUUAUUAUUAUUCACUUUUUUAAAAAAAAAAAUUUGUUAUG